AUGCUCAGCUACUUUUCGCGGGCUAUCGGGCGGGCGCUACUGCCCCACGAAGCCCUGCGAAAGACUCUGUAUGCCUUCAGUUCAAGAACCGCACUUCAGCGCUUGCUCGUUGACCGAGGAAUUUCAUUUUUGAUUGAAGAAACACCCAUUCUGCCUGUUCUGCUUCAACGAACGAUAUCUCCACUGAGUUUAUCUUCAGCCUCUCGGAUUAACAGCGGAAAUGGCGAUGCGUCCCAUUCUAGCGCGGCUUCUGAGAAGGUGCUACAUGUACCAGCUGUUUUGAUUAUAUGCGAAAGUCUGGCAAUAAGUGAUUCUGUUCUCCGUCAGACGGUCGCCGCCUUUACACAAGAUCCAGAAUUUGUAAAGUCAUUCUGGAGCCGAGUCGUUUUUGCGAUACCCAGCGCAGCCUCUCAAAAACAGUUCGCAGUCUCCAAUGCCGCCCACAAACUUCUCGAUGAGUUGCAUUGCGCCGAAGUCCUCACUAUCACCCUUCCGGCGACAGGCGAACCGAUUUCAGAAGGACCUUACUUUGUCAAGGGUGUCGCUUCAUCGCACUUGGGGCUCUUCCCGGAUGAGUACGAGGCGUUCCAACUACCAACUGUCCGCACUCCUUCGUCGAAGUUCGCUGGCAUUACGAUAAUGCUGGACGGGAAGCUGAUGGUUCAGUCCCGUCUCGAUUGCAUUUUCCGAGAACUCCCGACAAGCCGUUGAACGGAUUGCGCUUUACAGUGAAGGAUAUUAUUGGCCUUGAAAGCGUGAAGACAACCGGAUAGUUUCGAGCCUAUGAGAAGUUAUACGAGGAGGCAGAAAAUACAGCCCCUUCCGUCCGACGACUACUUGAACUGGGUGCCGUACUGGUAGGCAAAACGAAAUGCACCCAGUUUGCAUCGAGUGAUCAGCCUACGGCGGAUUGGGU